GCAACCAAACCUUCCAAAUCACCAGCUGAAGAAGACUGGUCAAUUAAGAGAGCAAAACUGGUGGAGAAAAGAGUGAGGAGCGUAGAUCCAAAGGAAGCAUUGAGACUUCAAAACGAAAACAGCUUUGUGAUUCUUGAUGUGCGGCCAGAAGCAGAGUUCAAUGAGGCUCACCCACCAGGAGCUAUCAAUGUGGAAAUAUAUAGGCUGAUAAAGGAAUGGACAGCUUGGGACAUUGCAAGAAGAGCAGCAUUUGCCUUUUUCGGCAUAUUCCAAGGAACGGAAGAAAAUCCCAACUUUCUUCAGACUGUGGAAUCAAAAUUAGAUAAAGAUGCAAAAAUCAUAGUGGCUUGCUCAUCUGGAGGUACAAUGAAGCCAUCUCAAAAUCUCCCAGAAGGCCAGCAGUCAAGGUCACUAAUUGCGGCCUACUUGCUGGUUCUGGAAGGUUAUACCAAAGUUUACCAUUUGGAUGGAGGACUCUAUGCCUGGUUUAAGGAAGGAUUGCCAGCAGUCUCUAAAGAAUGAAGCCAGAAACUUUUCUAGUCUUCGCAGACACGCUUUCUUUUUAAGAUCAUGCUAGAGUGUAAUGUUUUAUUUUGUAUAGAGCUGCUUUUGGAAAACAUAACAUAUUACCGAGCAAUAAUAUCUUACCCACCUAGGUACGUGAAUUCUUGCACCAUCUGGCCUGAAAAGCGUCUGCAUAUGAAUGCAGAAGGGGAAAUGUCAUGA